GCACGAUGCCCGACGCGCCUCCGCUUCCGGCUUUGCACAACGCGUCCGCUCACGCUUCAAAGCCCGUCGACUGGACUCCCUUACGCGCAACAUGCGACAUACUCUAAUACACAAUUCGCCAACAUGUCUACGCCGGAACUUGAAGUUCUGAAGCCUAUCGACCCUUCUGUAUCCCACUCGGACGACUACGAGAUCUUCGUGCUGAGCAACGCGCAAGUCUUGUACGAGAGCAAUGGCAGGCCCGCGAGUUUGCUCGCCGCAUAUGCGGAUACGCCGCUGCGAGUCGAGGGCAGACUGGAAGCGCCGGAUCGCGCGCAGUUGAAAUGCCUUGUGAAGAAACCAUACAAACCCGUCGACAUCGAAGUCAAAAACGUGACACGCUUCUCGUACGGCCAGAUGACUGACGGCGAGCUGGUGAUAUGGGCGCUCGGCCAGGCUGGCUGGUUUGAGAUCCGGCCGGCGCGCAAUUAUAAAGGCAUAUAUCAGGAUAUGGUCGAGGCAGUCGAGCUGCUAUAUUUCAUCACCGACAUCUACAACGAACCGCGAAAGAGAGGCGGCGGGCCGAGUGCGCAAUUGAUCUUCCAGGAGUACGCCGAAGAUGAUCGAUACCCUUGCACCGACCCAGUACUAGCGGCCCAGAUAUUCCACAAGCAUCAUGAAUUCCUGAUGAUGUGUUUUCUCAACCGGGCGCAGGGCAUUGGGUGGAGUAAUACGCCAAUCUACCAAUACUUUAAACGACAGUACCCUCAAGACUUCGAGACUGGAAAAGCCCGCAUAGAAGGCCGUUACGCGCAAGUCCAGCGAGAAACAAAAACAUCAAAACCCUCACCGGCGGCCGCUACGUCGAAGCCGCGCGCACCUCGAGGAAAGCCGCAAUCCCAGAAGCCUUCCGACACCCCGAAGAAGGAUAACAAUUGGUGGGAAGCCAGGGCGCUCUACGAGUUCAUGUCGAAAUGCGUAAACCAACGCAUCAUCCGGCCAGGCCACGGACACAUGACGAUUGACCGCGUAGCCAAACUCAUUGUUAAGCGAUACGAGAUCGAAGAGGAGGAGAUGGCUCGGAAUGUCCUCUUGGUGCAUGGGAAGAAUCUACGCUACAUGAUGGAUCAUCCGCGGAGGAAGGCUCAGCAAUUUUUUGCCGAGGAGCCCAUCUACCAGGAGCUCUCUGCGGAACUUGAUCUCCCGGCCGCUGAUAUCAGGAGAGCAGAAGCCAUCGAGCUGCGGCCCCGAAGAGACCAUACUUCCUUGAAGGGGGAACGUAGCGAGGACUCAGACGAGGAAUCCUCUGAAGACGCCGUAGCCACACCCAGACCCAGACCUAACGGAAGAAAGAAGAAAGGGCGGCUAUCAGUGCUCCGGCCAAAGAGCAGCAAAUACUCCGGCAAAGGGAAAGGCGUGAAGCGCGGAAAGGGGAAAGGAAAGAGACCGAACUCAGAAAACAGCUCAGCAGAGGAAGACGCGAGCGCAGAAUCCGAAGCAGAAAGUGAAAGCGCAAGCGACAUCGAAAUCGACACACCUACACAAGCUCUCUCACCCCGCCGCCAGAAGCGCAAAUUCAUCGAGACAGAUGGAGACGAAGAAGACAAAACUAGGCGGAAACGCGCAGCCAGCGAAUCCAUGGGCCCUGGAUCACCGCCCUCAACCGAAGAAGACGACGAAGACACCGAUGCUGCCGCGGAGUCCGAAUCCAACGCACCCCUACCUCUGCGCUACCUCCCGAACAACAUCCCCUCCAUCAACGGCAAAUCCUCCGAACCCACGUCGAAACCUACCGUAGCCCCACCGAUAGUAUCCACGCCACUACCUACCUACGAAGCAAACGGCCCGCGCGAUUCUUGGAUAUGCACCUUCGACGGCUGCAGCCGGCGAAUAUACGGCGCAAGUAAGGAUAUCGGGCGCCAGUUGAUUACAGAGCAUCUUGAAGAUCAUGCCAAGGGGCGGCAUACUAUCGUGGGAGUCCUGUUGAGGGAGGAGGAGAAGCUGAGCCUGCCUGUCAACAACCUGCUCAAGAAGAUCCGCGAAAUGUCCGAGUCGCAGACGCCGCUAUUCCCCUCAUCACUUGGGCCGGCAUCUCCCGCGCUCCAGCCCCGUCCCAUCCAGCGCAGCUUAUAGCCCUGGCUGGACUCCCUCCAUGUAUCUUCGUAUUCUUUUUGUCUUG